UAGGGUUUGUAAGGUUGUGAUACAAACAUCUCCCCUAAUUUACAUUAUUGCUGACUCUCAAACACCAUUUGAAGAACCGAUAUCUUUUGGGAGCAAUUUGCUUACUCAAGAUGCAGAUCUUUGUGAAAACCCUGACUGGCAAAUCAGUUACCCUUGAGGUGGAGCCCACUGACACCACUGAGAAUGUCAAGGCAAAAAUCCAGGAUAAGGAAGGCAUCCCUCCAGACCAGCAGCGUCUCAUAUUUGCCGGCAAGCAACUGGAAGAUGGCCGAACCCUGUCCGACUACAACAUCCAGAAGGAGUCAACCCUCCAUCUUGUGCUCCGCUUGAGGGGAGGAAUGCAGAUCUUUGUGAAGACCCUCACAGGCAAGACCAUCACCCUAGAAGUGGAGUCCAGUGACACCGUUGAAAACAUCAAGGCCAAAAUCCAGGAUAAGGAAGGCAUCCCUCCAGACCAACAACGUCUCAUCUUUGCUGGCAAGCAACUGGAAGAUGGCCGCACACUAUCCGACUACAACAUCCAGAAGGAGUCAACCCUCCAUCUUGUGCUCCGCUUAAGAGGAGGAAUGCAGAUCUUUGUGAAGACCCUCACUGGCAAGACCAUCACCCUGGAAGUAGAGUCCAGUGACACCGUUGAAAAUAUCAAGGCCAAAAUCCAGGAUAAGGAAGGCAUCCCUCCAGACCAACAGCGACUCAUCUUUGCUGGAAAGCAACUAGAAGAUGGUCGCACCCUGUCCGACUACAACAUCCAGAAGGAGUCAACCCUCCAUCUUGUGCUCCGCUUAAGAGGAGGAAUGCAGAUCUUUGUGAAGACCCUGACUGGAAAGACUAUCACAUUGGAGGUGGAGUCCAGUGACACCAUUGAAAACAUCAAGGCCAAAAUCCAAGAUAAGGAAGGCAUCCCUCCAGACCAGCAGCGUCUCAUCUUUGCCGGCAAACAACUAGAAGAUGGUCGCACCCUGUCCGACUACAACAUCCAGAAGGAGUCAACCCUCCAUCUUGUGCUCCGAUUAAGAGGAGGAAUGCAGAUCUUUGUGAAAACCCUGACUGGAAAGACCAUCACUCUGGAGGUAGAGCCCAGUGACACCAUUGACAACGUGAAAGCCAAAAUCCAGGAUAAAGAAGGCAUCCCUCCAGACCAGCAACGACUCAUUUUUGCCGGCAAGCAGCUGGAAGAUGGCCGCACCCUGUCCGACUACAACAUCCAGAAGGAGUCAACCCUCCAUCUUGUGCUUCGCUUAAGAGGAGGAAUGCAGAUCUUUGUGAAGACUCUGACUGGCAAGACCAUCACAUUGGAGGUGGAGUCUAGUGACACCAUUGAAAACAUCAAGGCUAAAAUCCAGGAUAAGGAAGGCAUCCCUCCAGACCAGCAGCGACUCAUCUUUGCCGGCAAGCAGUUGGAAGAUGGCCGCACCCUGUCCGACUACAACAUCCAGAAGGAGUCAACCCUCCAUCUUGUGCUCCGCUUAAGAGGAGGAAUGCAGAUCUUUGUGAAAACCCUGACUGGAAAGACCAUCACUCUGGAGGUAGAGCCCAGUGACACCAUUGACAACGUGAAAGCCAAAAUCCAGGAUAAAGAAGGCAUCCCUCCAGACCAGCAACGACUCAUCUUUGCCGGCAAGCAGCUGGAAGAUGGCCGCACCCUGUCCGACUACAACAUCCAGAAGGAGUCAACCCUCCAUCUUGUGCUUCGCUUAAGAGGAGGAAUGCAGAUCUUUGUGAAGACUCUGACUGGCAAGACCAUCACAUUGGAGGUGGAGUCUAGUGACACCAUUGAAAACAUCAAGGCUAAAAUCCAGGAUAAGGAAGGCAUCCCUCCAGACCAGCAGCGACUCAUCUUUGCCGGCAAGCAGUUGGAAGAUGGCCGCACCCUGUCCGACUACAACAUCCAGAAGGAGUCAACCCUCCAUCUUGUGCUCCGCUUAAGAGGAGGAAUGCAGAUCUUUGUGAAGACCCUGACUGGCUGAUGGUGAUCCAGUGUGAUCACUGGAGGUGGAGCCUAGUGACACACUUAAAAUUGUCCUCUCCCCAUAGUAGAAGAUCAGCAGCAUCUCGUCUUUGGCAGUUGACAUUAAAGACGGAACAUUACUGAAAGGAAGUGCAAAAUACAUUAUGUUCUGCUGUAGUUCUCACAGUUAAAUUUAAUCACUUCAUUUACAAAUCUUUCUCCCUGAAAUCCAGUGUGCUAUAUAUCAAAGAGCUUUGUGUUAAUGUGUGUUCAUUUCAUAGACAUGCAUUUUGUGGUAAAUGUGCCAGUUUGCGGAGCUUCCAUAUGUAAUACUGUCACAUUAGCACCUUGCAUAAUUAGAACUUGCAAAAAGAAAAGAAAGUAAUCUUUAGCACAAAGUCACUAUCACUAUCUCAUCCCCAUCAAAAAUGUGUGUGAAAUGUGAUUUCAUUAAAGUGGAAAGCAAUAAAGCUUAACAAUCAGAAAGUUCAGGGAGUCAUUUGAGACCUAAUCAACACAGUAAAAUUGAA